AUGUUUCGUGCAAGCUUUGUUUCUUCUCUACGACCUCUCACAAAUCCACUGGUCUUCCAGGCCGCGCGGCACCCCCAGGGCGUCGCAUUCCGAUCUUUCAGUAAUGCAAGACCCAAUGUACUGGCAGCAGUUCAGAAGCGGGCGACCCUUCCUUCAGCUUCCUUUGUCAGGCAGUCGCGCAGCUUCUUGACCGACUCCGCGCCUGUGGUUACCCGGCCUACCCAGCAGGAGGCAUGGAAGCGCUAUGGCAUCACAGCCGCGACCGUUGCAGGGACUAUCGUUGCAGUGAAUGUUUUCUUUAACCGGGAGACGAGGGACGGGCUUUCUCCGGCAGAGCAGUCCUAUCUGCAUGAGAGCUUCAUGUACGCCGGAGGCGGUCUCGCAGUGACUGCUGUCGCUGCUCGUUCGCUGUUCAGGUCAGGGUUCGCGUUCCGCCUCAUGGCCACCAACCCGUGGGUCGUCCUCGGUGUCAGUCUGGUCGGAAGCAUUGGAACGAUGAUGGGAACCAUAUACACAUCUCCGGAGAACAAGGUCUUGAAGCAUGCAUUCUGGCUCGGUUUCAAUGCUUGCCAAGCGGCUACGCUUAGCCCCCUUUUCUUCUUGAGUCCCGCCAUUCUCUCCCGUGCGGCUCUGUACACAGCAGGCGUGUUCGGUGCCUUGUCUUAUGUGGGUGCAACUGCCACCAACGACAAGUACCUCUACAUGGGUGGACCUCUCCUUGCCGGUGUCACAGUUGUGGCUCUGAGCUCGCUUGCACCUAUGGCUCUUCCUCUCGGCAUGCGCGGUCUGGCUAUCUCGGAGGCCAUCUCGCUCUACGGCGGUCUUGCGGUCUUCAGUGGUUUCAUUCUCUUCGAUACGCAAAAGAUCCUCCAGCACGCUCGCGUGGCUGAGACCGGCGCCAUGGCGCGCGACCCGAUGCGCGAGGCAAUCAGCCUUGAGCUGGACCUGAUCAACAUUUUCAUCCGGAUAGUCCAGAUCUUGACUAUGCAGCAGAAGAAGAAGUAA